GUGAAUUCAUUCACCACCAGACAUCCAGCUUCCUUUCUCAGCUCGACCAUCUUCUUCAGGACACUGAUGGGAACUCCUUACCCUAACCCCAUUUCUCCUUCCCAAACCCGCAUAGGCUGGAUUGGCAUAGGCGUCAUGGGAGCUGCCAUGGCCUCCCGCCUUCUCUCAGCCGGCUACUCCCUCACCAUCUACGCUCGCACUCCUUCAAAAGCUCAUCCCCUCCAAUCCCAAGGUGCGCAACUCGCUGAUUCCCCAUUUCAACUAGCUCAACUCAGCGACGUCGUCUUCACAAUGGUGGGACACCCACCAGAUGUUCGAUCAAAUAUCCUCGACCCAGAAACCGGCCUUCUCUGGGGCCUCCGCCCAAACUCGGUCUCCGUCGACAUGACAAGCAGUCAUCCAGCCCUUGCCCGCGAGAUUUUCAAUGCUGCGCGCACCAAAGAUUGCUGGACUGUCGAUGCGCCAGAGAGUGAGGAAGGGAGGGUGGCGGUGUUGCCUGGUGCUGCAUUGUGCAAGCAGUUGUUUUCUGGCAUGGUGGCUAAUGGGGAUGGGAAGCUUGGCGGUCAAGGUCUUAUCACUGUCAUAGAGAGGCUCAAUGGAAAGUGAGAUGAAAUGGUUAGCUCAAUUUGAAAGGUGUGAUUAUUUGUUCAUUUGGCAAAACUACUGUUGUCGAUUGCAAUUAAGGUAUAAAAUUGUCAGAGAGAAGAAAGAAAAAGAAGAUGCAGACGAAAAAGAAGUUGAAGGCGAGGGCGAAGAAGAAGAGGAAGUAAAGGGCAAGGACGAAGUUGCUGCAUAUCAUCUUUUAAUUUUUCUUUUUUUGGUCCCGCUUGAAAACGAUUUUCCUAAGUAGCUAGUUGGGCUGACCGGCCA